GUAGAUUAAAAUGCAUACACUACAUCACACACAGUUAUCUGUUCGUCGUUGUCUUCGACGCUCGUCGUUGCCGCUUUGUUUGUUUGUUUUCGUGUAUUCGGUUGUCCUACAUACAACUGUGCUUUCAAUUUACAUUCCAUCCCAGUUUUAAUCAGUGAAGAAUUGUAAGCAGAAACGACGCGAAGCAAGAGGAGAUUUAUUUAUUUAUCGUCUAUCUUUAUCAGUGCGGCUCCGUAAUCCGCACUCAAAGUCGCCGUAUCGACGAGGCAAGACACGGCUGCCUGCACUGUUCAGUGAUUCUUUGGUUCCAACCAAAGUCGGUUGUGAGAUUUCGGUGUCUUCUUCCUUUCAAGUAAACAUGGAAAUGAAAACAAUCUCCCAAAAGAAGCGCCUCUCGUCGGAUGCAGUCGCUGCUUUGGGUGGAAUCGGUGGGGACACCAAUGGUCACACGUCACCGGGUGAAAGUGUUGCAGUAACACUCAAACCUGGCUCCGAAAUUCGGCCCGUUGUAACGGAAGAAGAUGUACGAAAACUCGCGGAACGGCUGUACGGUAUUAUCAUACUGGAAAUGUGCGAGUUGGAUUCCUAUGACGAUAAGAAUUUUUUUAUCCAGGCAGACAGACUCAUCAAAAACCCUAUCCUCAAGACGGUCAGCCCGAACGGGUACGUGCUGAAAAUUGCCAAUUCCCUGGAUUCCCAGAAUGAAGCGUUCUUCGACGGGCAAGCGGAAAUAAUGCGUCAGUUGGCCAAACAUAACAUUCGUUGUCCGAUUCAGAUUCAGAAUAUUUUCGGAAAGUUUUAUUCUGUGGAAACCUUGGGACAGAGCAAACACGUGGUGCGUUUACUCGAGUACAUUCCGGGGAAGGUUUUCCACGGGGUGCCUCAUCCGGAGCGUUUGUUCUAUCAGGCAGGAAUGUUCAUCGCUCGAGUUGGUUCGGCUCUGAAGGGCAUCACACAUGAGGGCGUUUUGAAACGUGAAUCGGUCUGGAAAUUGGAUAACUUUCCCAAGUUAGAGGAGUUCUUAUAUGUUGUCAAGGACGAGCAUCGCAAGGAUAUUGUCGAACAAGUUUUGGAUGCUUUUCAAAAGCGUAUUGCGUCGAACAGUGAAGAUUUCGAACGAGGAGUAAUCUAUGGGGACUUCAACGAAUAUAACAUCAUCGUCAGCCGCACGGAGGAGAACUCAAAGGAGUACGACAUAGCCGGGAUCAUCGAUUUCGGGGAUGUCUGUUAUUCCUGCUACGUGUUUGAGUUGGCUAUCGCAAUGACCUACAUGAUGUUAGAAUCGAAUGAUUUAGAUACCGGCGGAUUGAUCAUGGCUGGAUACGGAAUGUUAAGGUUGAUUCCACCGCACGAAAAGGCGAUACUGAAAGUGGCAAUUGCAGCUCGAUUGUGCCAAAGUUUAGUCCUAGGUCUCUAUACGUCGACCGUGGACGAGAGUAACCAGUACAUUUUAUCCUCGCAGGCCCGGGGCUGGGGUUUGCUCGAAACGUUGUGGGCUGAGAAGGAAAAGGAUCUUCUGGAACGCUGGGAAAAUGUGUCCGUUCAGUUCUUGACUCGCAGCACUAAGUGAAAUCUGUUACGGAAGAGAAAGUAGCAUUUAAACGGAGCGAUUGUUUGAAACUGAAGUCAGAUUUCAAUAGGAUACUAAGGUCAAUUAUAGUGUUGCCUUUAAAACCACAAAUGAAGAUAUUCAGAAGCGAAUUAUGUUGAUAUUUUUGUUGUGUUUGUUGCUUACUUCAUCAAAACCUGUUGAAGCUUUUAUUAUUGUACGUAUAUUAAAUUAGAAAUUUUA